AUGAGCUACAAUGAUGAUGAUGAUAAUAGUGAAAGCGAAUAUCACGAUACUUACGAAGAUAAUUUAGCAAUCAAUAGUGAGACUUUUAUUACCUUUCAUGUUCAUAUGCCAGAAAACCUUGAUGAAUCUAUACGUCCUUUGGUUGUUGGAAACGUUAAAGAAUUAGGAAAUUGGAAAAAACCAGUCGUGAAAUUACAUCAGAUUGAUACCAAUUCUACAUAUUGGGUUUCAGAUCCGGUCAAAGUUCAUCUAAGAG